AAACUGCUAAUUUCUAAUCCAUCUAUUUACUUUUUUUUUCUUCACCGCGAAAGUGUCAACUGUCAAAAAAAAAAAACAAAUAUCCCAAUUUAAUAAAAACUCCAUAAAUUUUAAAUGAAUUAUUUUUCCUCCAUCUAAAUGGGUCAAGUUUAUAAAUAAAAAAAUAUAUGAAUAGGUCACGGGACAAAUGGUUUUUAGUAUAAUGACCUACUGAUGAGUGAUAUGGUGUAAGUGUACAAGGUACCGCGUUGAAUUUCCGUUGUAUUCCUUUCCCCAAUGCAUACUUAUUCUCUUACACUAUAGAGUUUCUCACAAGUUUAACAUCAAAGUCGACUUUAGUCCAGAGUUAACAACCGGUUCAACCACUCGCGGUCUUUAGUUUACAUUAAAAACUAAUUUUACUAAUAAAAUAAUAAACUAAUUAAUUAACUAAUCAAUAUGUUCAAUAAAUAGUCGCGGCAUUCCUAGAUAAAUUUGUGACUGGAAUAAAAUGAUGUCUAUUGUUUUAUAAAUUGAAUAUAUUAAUAGUAUAUAGAUAUAUUGUUUUUUCUAUUGUAAUCGAAUUACAAAAGAAUCAAUUAUCGGUAUGUGUAUUUAAGAGGUGCAUUAUAUUUUAUUUAUACUUAGUUUUAUUUAAACGACGAGGGAAAAAAGUUGGGGAAAAAUGGAGCUGAGGGUGACGUUUGCGGCGAUUUUUAUUUUUGCGCUCAGUGGAAAGGUUGAAGGACAUGGGAGACUUAUAGAACCACCUUCGAGAGCUUCAAUGUGGAGAUAUGGGUUUGAUACUCCGCAUGAUUAUAAUGAUAAUGAGUGCUAUUGCGGUGGUUUCACGCGACAAUGGCAGCGGAAUAAAGGAAACUGUGGAAUUUGCGGCGACGCUUGGGAUAUUAAACCGCCAAGAGCCCACGAGACAGGAGGAAAAUACGGCAACAGUAUCAUAGUCCGCAAAUAUAAAACGAGCCAACUGAUUCCCAUAAGAAUCCAAAUAACAGCAAACCACCGCGGGUACUUCGAAUUCGGCGUAUGCCCCAUGACAACCCGGGGCCAGGAAGUAACUCAAGACUGCCUGAACAAAAACAUAUUGACAAUGAAAAACGGCACCGCCCGUUACUAUCCAGGUCUGGGUAACAAAAUCUUCGAAGCAUACUACAAAUUACCUUCGGACUUAACGUGCGCCCAGUGUGUCUUACAGUGGCGUUACGUCGCCGGUAAUAAUUGGGGUGACUGCGGCAACGGAACAGGCGCUGUCGGCUGUGGACCUCAAGAAGAAUUUCGCGGUUGCGCGGACAUAACAAUAGGCGACAAUUACCCAGCACUCGCAUUACCAAAGACACCAUCAUCUACCGAGAAUUCCAGCACGUCAUCAACAGAACCCACAGACUGGCCAGAAGUUACCGAAACUCCGUACUGGUACUUGAGUUUGAUAAUUUCCGGUACAUGUCUGCUGAUUGUCCUGGCAGGACUCGCCCUUAUUUACGCGUACUAUUAUUACGCUGGACAAGCCAAGAAAUGGCUGAUGACCAGAUGUGGACCAGAACCAGCUCCAGUUCCACCACCGCGUCUCAAAAGACCAUCGACACUUCAUCUAUAA